AUGCUCCGUCGCUCCGUUAUUUCACUUGGCGCAGCGUCGUUGUGGCUAGCCAAAGCUGGCGGGCGGACAGUCCCAUUCGGUGGGCUGGCGAUUAUUUGGAUCCACGUGCUGGCAAGGCAACCCAAUACCACGGAACAUGGACUUCUGGAACUCAUGGUCUGCAAAGUACCGGUACCCUACCAAAAUGCAAGUAAGAUGAAGAGAGUCCACGAUACAUACCCAGGGCUGAGUGCUAUCAAGUCCGCCAUUGGCAUCCAGCCUCUUCCGAGACACCGCGAGCUUCAGACGGGCGUGUGUCUUCGGAACAAACUCAUUUGCAUGCGCACCGAGAGUUCGUCACGAGGAGGAGGUACGGUGUUAGGCGAGAGCUGUGAUAUAGUCAGCUACCCGAGCAGGUGUUCCUCGUUAGGUAUGUUCCGCUGUCGUACGGCAUCCGAGUUUUACUGCGGUUUCGUUGAUCCGUCCAACCAUGAGGACGUCGUCUUUCAGCUCUUGACUUGUUUUCUUGAAGACAAACGCGCAAACCGCGCUUCCUACGCAGGCCGUGCUGUUCCUGCAACAAGGUCUUAUGGGGGUACCGUCUCCGGAUGUUGUUGCCUAUCAUGCGGGAAAAUGCUUGAAGACCCUGGACCCUGCAACGACCGCGUUGUUGGCUGGGCGCUACUGUAUCUAGAGCCUGUGGGCUUUGUUUUUGCCAUCUUGACGGCGACUGCUCGUCUCGUCGGCUGUUGGGCAGCACCGCUUGGAAGCGGCAGACUGGCUGGUUUCAAUGUGCGUUUUGCCAUGUUGACCGAGCAAUUACUGGUCACGGUGGGGACGGUGAACUGGUUGCAGAUCGAGGCCAUUCCUCUUUUGUGCUCUGACGGCUUAGCACUGCUGAAUGUGUGGUCCAGCAGCCCUUGUUUGCACAGAUCGCCGCAUCGCUGCCAUGCUGAAACUGUAUUAGCACCAUCGUCACUUUAUGUUUAGUCUGCUCAAGAGAUCAGAUUAGCGACGAUCCUUGGCUUCUUGUCAUAUUCAAGUGCUUAACAAGACGGAUUCAUCAGUGUCCCUGCGUUUCGAAGAGCUUCAUCAAUAUGUCUACGUAGUACCCGCUGCGAC